CCUCAGCUCUGAAGAUAUCCUAAUGCAGUUCAGUGCUAGCUCACAAAACCAAAUCUGGGAAGAAGAAGGGGAAGAAUGUCUUGGCCCAAAGAAAUGGACAGUCCUGCCACCUUCAUGAAUGCCUCCAGAGUCACCGAAUUCAUCUUACUGGGUCUCUCCAGGUCUCGGUCCAUUCAGCUCCUUCUGUUUGCCCUGGUCAUGUUGUGCUAUGCUGCCAUUCUGUUUGGCAAUCUUCUCAUUGUACUGACUGUGCGUGUAGAUCCACAUCUUAAAAAACUGCCCAUGUAUUUUUUCUUAUCCAAUUUAUCCAUCAUUGAUACAUCUGUGGGUUCAGUGGUAGUCCCCAAAGUAGCAACAGAUCUGGUCACCUGUGGCAGAACCAUUUCAUUUGGAUGCUGCAUGUCCCAACUCUUUUUCCUACACUUCUUUGGAGGUACAGAGAUGCUCCUCCUAACCCUCAUGGCCUACGAUCGCUAUGUAGCGAUUUGUCAUCCACUGACGUACACAACCACAAUGAACAGACCACGCUGCAUUAGACUCCUGUGUUGGUGUUGGGUUGGAGGCCUCCUCCAUUCUUCCAGCCAGGUGUUCCUGGUCCUACGGCUGCCAUUCUGUGGGCCAAAUAAAGUGGACAAUUUCUUUUGUGAUGUUCCACAGGUAGUCAAAUUGGCUUGUGUUGAUACCCAUGUCACUGAGAUACUCAUGGUGGCCAACAGUGGCUUGCUCUCCCUGGUUUGUUUCGUCAUCUUGCUGAUCUCCUACGGCAUCAUCCUGAGCACGCUUCAAGGCCGCUUCAAGGAGAGUGGAGGGAAGGCUCUGUACACCUGUAGCUCUCACUUGACAGUGGUCAGCCUUUUCUUCCUGCCUUGCCUCUUUGUGUACCUUGUUCCCAUCUUCAGUACCACUCUGGACAAGGUGUCUUCUGUAUUUUAUACCACAAUCACGCCUUUCCUUAAUCCUAUGAUAUAUUCUCUAAGAAAUCGGGAAAUGAAAGAGGCGAUGGGACGGGUGAGGAAGAAAUUAAUGUUUUCCCACUGGUCUCAGAAAGAAGUAGAAGGAUGAGUAGAUUUUUUUUAAAAAAAACAUUGCUUGUUUCAGAUAAUUUUAUUUGGUAUUGUAGUUCCUACUAUUGUAUGUAUAAUGGCAGUGGUAGUGAACUUCAGCACCUCACCUCCCAUCCAUGGCUGCUGAUAUAAGCACAAUCAAACAUAUAAGUCAAUAUUUCCUUUUGGGACAUUGGAGCUCUAGUUUUAGUGGAAACAUGAGUGCUUUACACUUUAUAGAGGCUUUAGCCUUUCAUUGUUCCCUGAAGGUCUUGAGGAGUUAGUCAUAGCAUGUCAUUUAUGGAUUAAAAUGAAAUACUCAAGAACAAAAGAGAUGAAUAAUUCUAAUGAACAAAUAAAGGAAUAUGUUUGACUGCAAAGAA